GCGCCAGUAGUCUCAAUGUUGGACGUGCUAUGACAGCAUCAUUACUCCUCCAUCCCCGCUGGAUUGACCCGGUGAUGUUCCUUUACGACAACGGUUUAGAUGAAGUGAGCAAAAACAUGGAAGGAUUUGCAGGAGGCAACUUUGCCGCGAAUCAAUGCAGAAAUUUGAUGGCCCAUCCUGCUUCCCUGGCUCCUAGCACUGCUUACACGUCGAGUGAGGUGCCAGUUUCUGGCAUGGCUGAGCCUGUCAAACAGUGCAGCCCCUGUUCUGCAGCCCAGAGCUCUUCCAGUGCCUCUCUUCCCUAUGGAUAUUUUGGCAGCGGCUACUACCCCUGUAGGAUGGCACACCACAGCAGCAUUAAGUCCUGCGCGCAGCCCUCCGCCUAUGCGGAGAAGUAUAUGGACACAUCAGGCUCUGGCGAAGAAUACACUUCAAGAGCAAAGGAGUUUGCUUUUUAUCAGGGAUAUGCUGCUAGUCCAUAUCAACCUGUCCCUAGCUAUAUAGAUGUGCCUGUAGUGCCCACCAUAAGCGGCCCCGGAGAACCGAGGCAUGAAUCGUUGUUGCCAGUGGAAAGUUACCAGCCAUGGGCAAUCACCAAUGGGUGGAACGGUCAAGUUUACUGUUCUAAGGAGCAAACCCAGCCGACUCAUCUCUGGAAAUCAACAAUUCAAGAUGUUGUUUCACAUCCGGGAGAUGUCGGCUCUUUUCGACGUGGGAGAAAGAAAAGAGUGCCCUAUACAAAGGUACAGCUGAAAGAACUGGAGAGGGAGUACGCGACCAAUAAAUUCAUUACCAAGGACAAGCGAAGAAGGAUAUCGGCUCAAACAAACCUGUCUGAAAGACAGGUCACAAUAUGGUUCCAGAACAGGAGAGUAAAAGAGAAGAAGGUUGUGCACAAGACCAAGAGCACUAGUUAGUGAUGGCGGAAGAUGAGCUGCGACCUCUCCGCGGAACGAACUCAAUUUUGACUGAUAUAAAACUAAAAAUAACGAAACACUUAAUAUAGACUUCCGCUUCACAGAAGUGGAUUUUACAUGUAAAAUUCACCGGUAAAUAUGAAGACGUUUUCUGAAUAAUUGGAAUGGUUCAACCACCCGAAUCCCAAGAAUAUCAUGAUGAAUAUAGAACCAAAUAUUGGAGUUCUUCAAAGCCUGCAGAGUUGAUGUAAAAUAUUAGGAGCUUUGUGCAUCGAUGGCUAGGUGUGUUUGUAUCAUGCUCUUCAGAGCAUGUAGAAACCAGGCGUUUUUUUUUUUUAAAGUGUACAGUUUCAUUAAAUACAAACAUAUACUGCAUGCGUAUUUACUGCUCAGGUAAAUCAUACAUCCUAGGUGUAAUAUAUGUAUGUUUACGCACUAUUUUUAUUUUCAUUUAGAACGAUAUAAAGAUGGCACUAUACUAAAUAUGAGUAGCCUAAAUUAAAACGAGCAUGUUUUAGAAAUAAAUAUAUAUAUGCCUUUUUAUUUAAAGAAAAAAAGAAACAUUAUACAGUGACUUCAUUUAUUUAAUGGAGACACAAAUCAGCAUACACUUUUUUAAACUUGUUAAAAGGUUUCAGUGUAGUAAAUGUCACAAUAGUUAAUGCUAUAGAUUCGUGUCUGGUUUACAUAUCAUUAUGCUAUGCACACUCUUGCUAUACCAUAAAAGUGUGUUCACUUGUGCCAAAUGUAAAAUAGUUGAGCUAUAGAAAUUAUUUUCGAUGUACCAGCAAAUUAAACCAUCAAAACAUUUUAUACUUUCGUUGUACAUUUAUUUGUGUAAAUGCAACACUGCUGUCAGUAAACCCUGCUAAUUACCAACCAUGUGUCUUACAAAUAAAAUAAGGGUUUGACAUUUUCAAUAAAAUACAAUGUUAUCUUUAUUUGUUAAGAAAUCUGUGUUCACUGCAUG